CCGACCGAGUCGAGGAGGCCCACACACAGUUACCACAUGCUGACCAAAAAGCCCAAAACCCUCCGCCGUCACGCCGUCGCUGCCGUGCGCCGCCCGCCCCGUCGCGCACGAUGCUCCGCCGCGUGCCUCCCUCCCUCCGCCGCGGCCUCCUCUCCUCCGCCUCGACACACUACGGCGGGGCCCAAAUCCUGAACUCCAGCCACUCUCCUUCCAAGAGCCUCCUCCCCCAAUGGCGCCGUCGCGCCUCCGUUGCAUCCACCUCGGCCCCGCCGCCGCCGCGUCCUCCAUCUCCGCCUCGGGGUCCGUCGCGGUCGGGCGGAGGCGGUCCCACCGUAUCGUCGCUGAACCCCGCGGAGGUCGCUAAGUUUGCUGCCAUCGCCGAGACCUGGUGGGAUGCAAGUGGUCCAUUCAAACCGUUGCAUUUGAUGAAUCCAACCCGACUGUCUUUUAUCCGGUCCACUCUCUGCAGACAUUUCAGGAGGGAUCCAUAUUCAUCUAAGCCACUUGAAGGCCUCAAAGUUAUUGAUGUUGGAUGUGGAGGCGGCAUCCUGUCAGAGCCUCUUGCUCGGAUGGGAGCUACAGUUACUGCAAUUGAUGCUGUCGAAAAGAAUAUAAAGAUUGCAAGUAUUCAUGCGGCAUCUGAUCCGACAACUGCUUCCAUUGAGUAUUGCUGCACAACAGCUGAGGCAUUGGUAAAAGAGAAAAGGUUAUUUGAUGCUGUCAUUUCUCUUGAGGUGAUUGAGCAUGUUGCUAAUCCUUUGGAGUUUUGCGAAUCUCUCUCUGCUUUGACAGUUCCUAAUGGUGCCACUGUGGUUUCCACAAUCAACCGUUCAAUGAGAGCGUAUGCCACUGCAAUAGUUGCUGCUGAGUAUAUCCUCAGAUGGCUUCCUAGAGGCACACAUGAGUGGUCCAAACUGGUUACCCCUGAGGAGCUUUCCCUAAUGCUGCAAAAGGCUUCUAUCUCUGUUGAAGAGAUGGCAGGGUUCGUUUAUAAUCCACUUAGUGGUGAGUGGUCCCUGUCAGAAGAUACCGGUGUGAAUUAUAUUGCUUUUGGCAUCAAGAAGAAUGAAACACCAUCAACAGAUAGCAUAAAGGCAAGGUUAUCAUAGUUGAAGAAAAAGAAUUGACCGUGCAUCUUUUUCAGAAGGCAAAAAUCAGGCUGUUUGAACCUGACUGCUAACAAUACAGCCACGUAGCAAAACAGAAUUUUCCUACCCUUUUUUAUUUUCCUCGGAAACAGGGGGAGGCAUUACCCCAUUAAAAAGUUAAGUUGUCGAGAGACAACUGCUAACAAGUAGAGCUAGCUCUGUUUUCUUUUUAUUGUAAUUUAAUAUACAACUGUACAAGGAUGCUUCAUACAGUGUUUGCAAUUUUGUGGCAAAUACUCUUGUACCAUGAAAUGACGAGAUGCAAUCUGUCGAACAAUUUAGUGCAGAGGAAUUGACCUGGUAAUAUUGAGUGCGAGA